AAUUUACUGGCAAGUUUCCCACUCACCUCCAUCUUCCGUGCAUGGGACGAUUGGCAAGCUGCAGAAAUGAAAUCCUCGAACUCCCCGGCAGAAUGUCGUCGUCUCCUUGAUUUUUUUCCGUCAAUAAGACCAUCGUUUCUUUCUGUUGUAUUAGUUUUCGUUUGCGGAUGUCUUUGGGUGAAGAAUGAAACAACAAACGAACGACUGAUAACGCUGGAAUCUCGCGUUAACCUUUUCCCCUGCGUUCAGAGUGUCUCGACUGAAAAUGCUGACAGGAUAUCUCUUCCACCGACAGAAGCUACAGCAAGAGAACUUUACAAGAAGGUUCAGACACAUGUAUCCGAAAGGAUCGGUUAUACAUCAGGUAAGAUCUUCACUUCAGAUGUUAUUUAGAUGCAGAUACAUGUUUAGCACUGAGUUUAUCCUCUUUUGGUUUAGGCAUAUAAUCUUUCAUGGUGUGAGUUUGCCCUUACAUACGGGAUCUUUGGAUAUUGCAUAAGAUAACUGAAUUUUUAACCUCAGCUAAUUCUGUAUAAACCCUUUUACAACACUCUCGCUCUGUUGUAAUACUGCUUAGAUAUUCACUAAGCCACCUAUGCUGGUAAAACAGUAAAGAAAUUUUCGGUGUAAAUGAUGUUGAAUUCAUAGUUUAAGUGUCGAACGACUUGCUCACGUGCAAGAUAUGUGGUCAAUACUCAGGAGGGUACUCUUGUAUAAUUUUAAAAGCCAUACAAUUAUGUGCCGCCACAAAGGGUGUAGUUCUUGGCCUUUUUUGACCUGAAAACGCUGGUAUAAACGUUGGUCUUUUUGGUUUGGAAUCGGGUUUGGUUUUCGAGGAACCUACUGGAGCGUAUGCAUGAACGUAGUUAUCGUUUCAGUUACACAUGAAUAAGAACGAAAUAGAAAUAUGUGAAUUCGAAAUGCAUUUGAAGAAUUUUUUUGUUUGCGCUCUAAUCUAAGUAAUGAUGACACAAUUUCUGUUUAAAGGCCAGAUCUAAAAACGGGUGCGGAUUUUAGAGGACUGCAUGGUCUGAAAGCGGGUGUGGAAAAAUUCAGUCUGAAAUAGCACUGUCUGAAUAAAAUUGUUAGGGUGGCGUAAAAUUUGAGAUAUUUUUUUAAAUGCCUCUAGACCCGGUUCGGUUAAGGUGUCUUAAGGCUUGCUGGGUUACUUAAUAAAACCUUUGGUAACUUUGAUAGGGUGGCAAGAUUGAAAGUACGUUUAUUGAACGGACUCAGUUGGUUUAAAACCCGGGGGGGAGGGACUUCCUUAUAAGAGGCUACUAGGGAUCUGCCGCUGAUUAGGGCCACAUUUUCACGGCUGGAUUGUCUAUAAUGGGGUUGCAUUUUCAAUAGAAUUACCAGAAUGGGGUCGCACAUUUUCGGAUUUUUUGUGGUAAGACAGUUCUUAUUUACGGUUAGCAAACUUACCAGAAUGUUUGUUCUGUAGAUGAAAAGUGAAGUGUUCUUCAUACAGUGUAAAAAAAUGGGUCAAUUCAUAAAAAUAAAAAGUGACUAAGUCUGGAUCGCGAAAAAUUCAUAUUUGCUUAAAAGUGACUAAGAUAUAGGGUCUAUAAUUGAUCACAGAAUAGACUAUAAUGGGGUAGCGGCUCUUAGACGCCAGCGGCACAUGCCCAGCAAAAAUUUACCCAAGUUCCCUUCCCCCGGGGUUUGAAAUGUGUGCGUAGAUCUAGAAAUCUAGAAUGUCAGCUUAGCUUUCCCUUGGAAGCAACAAGGGAAGAGGCAUGAGGACAAAUUAAAAAGUUGUUAACCUUGUUGUUGAACGCAACUUCCAAAACGUUAAUUUUAUGUUAGAAAUGUCAGCCUUAUCAUUCAUUCCGUUGAUUUGUUCGUUGUAUUUUCUUCCUUAUUUAUUUUCAAUAUUAAUCACUGGAUAUUAAAAAAAUUCUUAAUCUUACUAUACUGCAGUCAGCCCGUUAUCACUAGAGGCCUCAGCAACCAUCCGGUUAAGGAAGCGAAGAAAAGUUUUGAACGACACUUCAACUGGCAUCACCAUACAUGAAGUGAGAAAAGAAAUCAGCAAACAGUUUGAACAACUUAUGCCCACCAAGUACUGUAAGUCAACUGAGAAAGUCUGUCCUGCAGGUCCCCCCGGAUAUCCUGGUCCCAUUGGAGCGAGGGGACCACGUGGCAGGAGGGGACAAAAGGGAAAGAAAGGUCCUCAAGGUCCCAUGGGACCUCCUGGAAAAUCCGGAAAAACAGGAAUAACUGGUCCUGCAGGACCGAGAGGAGAAAAGGGAGAUAAAGGAGAACCUGGGCCAAAAGGUAUGCCGGGACCACCUGGAAGGCCUGGAAAAUCGAUAUCUGCUCCACAAGUGUUGAUGACGCCAGCAGAGCAGACACGAGAUGAGGGAGGAAAUACGGCAUUUUAUUGCACGGUCGCCGGAAAUCCUUCCCCAGUCGUGGAAUGGCAAUUUAAGGGCAUAAAACUUCUGUCCGGUGCAAAGUAUUUGAUUAAAGAAGGAGAGUUGAUCGUUAGAAAUCUGAAUUACAGCGAUGCUGGGCCGUACACAUGUGCUGCUAGGAACAUUCUUGGAUCGUCCGAGGCCACUGGUAACUUGUCUGUUCGAGGUGAGAGAAGCAUUUCAUUCUUGAGGUUUGUUGUUGAACGGCGCAUAAACAUCUCAAGAAAACUAUACGAUGAGAAGGCACACUGACAGAACAUUAUCCUCACCUGACCUUUAUUUUGACACGCUUUCAGAAUUCGGUUAAGGCUUUAGUAGCCGCCAGACUACGACUUCUUGAAAAAACCCUUUGACAGAUUUGCCAGCUAAUAACUAAUUGGUUUCAUCGCUUCAUUUCUUUUCUGUUAUGCAAACAAACCUUUUUUUGACAAAGUUUCCCGGAAAAGAAAACACCUAAUUUUUUCAUUUUUCUCAGUUGUAAUCCUGCCGUUCCCCGGAGGGUAUUUCUUAGAAUGUCCUGUGUAGGGAGCCGACUCCGUGCUAAAGGGGUACCAUUUUGAGGCUUCAGGUAUUUGAAAGGGUCCGUGUUUUACUAGUUGAAGUAUAUAAUAGUGUAGGGAAAUCUGUCAUUUCGGUCUGUAAAAAAGAUCUAAAAGGGCUAGCGGAAGGAUGUUAUGGCUGUGAAAAAGUCGAGAAAAUUUUCUGCCUUUGUGAUUUAUUCACAUUUUAAAGACAGUGCGUUGAUCUCCCAAUCUCGUAUUUGAAAGAGGCAAACUUUUCUGUUGAAAAUUACAUAUAGUGUUGGACCUCGGGGCGGAGCCUCCCAGUAUAAUUCUUUGAAGAGUACCCCCUUCUCCUCCCCGGUGUCGUCCAAUUAGUUGUAGUAUUUCAACCUGAUAUUAAUUAUCUUUUCAGGUCUUCCAAUAUUCACAAAAGUUCCACCUUUACUUGCUGCACCGGUACAAGGCACUACAUUCCAAGUAACCUGUCAAGCUGAAGGCUAUCCUCGUCCCGUUGUAACCUGGACUAGAGCAGCAAUGCCCUUACCUGCUGGAAAAACGAAAAUAAACCAAGGCACACUUACCAUUAACAACUUGAUUCCUGCCGACAACGGUUUAUACGACUGUAAAGCUACUAACAUCAUGGGAACAAAGGAAACUAGGGUCAACGUGGCAGUGCAGCGUAGCUCAGCUGCAGGUUUGUCUUAGGCUGCAAGGUCCGCACAGACAUAAAUUAAACAUUUAGGAACAUAAACAUCAGGCCCCAGUUGUUCAAAAGCUGGAUGGCGCUAUCCAUCAGAUAAAUCACUAUCCAGUGGAUAAGUAUUAGGGAAACCAAUUGCACUAUCCACUGGAUAGAGAUUUAUCCGAUGGAUAGCGCUAUCCACGUUUUGCCCCAACUGGCGUCUGGUGACCUUUGUUACAGGUCACAGAGAUCGCAAGACCAAGGGUUCCUGAAUCCUGUUUAAGACUACUUUAAUAGGCUUAGCUGACUCAGACUACAGUCUAUACUUAAGUGGAAUGUAAAACAUUUAGGACCGCCGUUAGUGAUGGCCUUUUAUUUAUUGUUAAAAAGCAGUGUCGUUGUUAAAGGCUCAGAAUAUGCUUGUGUAGCAAUUGUUUAAAGGGAAAGAAGGAGGGAAGCCUAUACUCGAGUUUAAGUAUAAAUCCUAAAAUUUGCUAUCUAGCCUCUAGUCACUCGCAAUGUUACCCUUGAUAAAGGAUUCAUUUGAUGCUGAAUUUUUAAACAGUUCUACUUGGCUCCAACAGCGUUCUUUUGUCAAAUAGCGAAAGUCGAAUUUUUUUCCCCAGGUUUGCACGACUCUGUUAUUGUGGGAAACAACAAAAAUCACUUGACCUCGUUAAGCAACGGGCUUGCACCUGUCACAAAAAGCGUCAAUUCUCUCUGGAAGCGCUGUUGGCGUGCAUCCGUGGACGGCUGGGCUGCAAGUACAUUUCACUCACGAUGUGACAGUAAGGGCCCGACUGUAACAAUAAUAAGGGUCGGGAGAUAUAUUUUCGGAGGAUACACAAGUAUUUCAUGGGGUAAGUGAGCAUUGUAAUCCAUGAAAGUGCCAUCUAUACCUUUGGCGUAAUUGACAUUCAUAUGAUCAGCUAAAAGUGGAGCUUGGUACUUAACAGUGUGGAAUCAUGUUACUCUACCUUUCAUACAUGGUUAAGCAUUGGCGUACAAAGGUUCUAGGUUAAUAGCUCUAGAUGUGAACCCAUAUCCCCUCGUUCCUCAAGGGGCGAGGACCACCCCUCCUACACUCACAUGGUGUGAAUGAGCGCCACCCCCCACCCCACUUCUCAAGUUCUGGUUCUGGAGAUGAUAAGUAAUGUAUUUCUAGCCUGUCAAAACGUGCCCAACUUCCAGGCUAAUAAUAAUAAUUUUGAGGUUAUAAAAUAUCAGUAUUGUUCUGACUUUCUUGUUACCCUGCUAUCUUCCAUCCCUCAGUUCCCAUAUUGCAAAAGUAGCAACUAACGAACUUCACCACAGGUUUUUGGGGAAAUUCGCAAAUUUUGGCAAAGGAUUAAAAAAACACGCUCUUUUGACAUGUCCACGUAUAUUACGUGAUACACUAAGACGAAAGUUCAUUUCACCGAUCAAACUUUCGUAAUUUUGCCUGAGCGAAAUGUCGCGAAGAGGAUUCUUCUCUUCGGAUUCGAACGAAUUUAUUAGACUGAAAUGGGUGACAGAAAUACAUAAUGUUUUAUACCUUUUCAAGGAUAAAGGCUCCUAAAACUCUUUAUUGUCUGUUUCCUUUAUUGUCUUCUUAAUACAGUACCCUCAAAAUCGAACGAAGUAUUAAUUUGCCAAUAAAAGUGUAUUGGGACAUGCACCAGUUCAUGUAAAAAAAAACGUUAAAAAAGAAGCUUCUAGCUUCGGCAAGUGGUAAAAAAGACAAAAACAGAUAAAUUGGGAGAUUUGCUCCAUAAAUUUAUAAAAGAACAUAUCUUAUUAAUUACUAAUUUUUUCCCCGAUCUAUUGCUUGUAAUUGCAAAUCUUUUAAAGAUAACAUCUCCCACAGGCCGGCACCUUAGCCUCGGUGAGCUUGCAGCCACAUAAAACUUUCUCCUGAGCGGACGAACCACGCUUGCCAUGAGUAUAGCUGUAUUUUUUACCAAAAUACCUGGACGUAAAUAAUAAUGCAAUAAAAUAAUAUUCAUACUAAUAAUAAUGAUGAUAAUGAUGAUAAAAAAUAAUAAUAAUAAUAAUAAUAAUAAUAAUAGUAAUAAUAAUAAUAAUAAUAUAAUAAUGAUAACAAUAAUAUUGAUAAUGAUAAUGAUAAUAAUAAAGAAGACAUAGAAAAUGAUUUCUUUUUUGAUAAAUGACGAACGUUACUGAGAAACUCGAUCGAAUUGGUUUUAUGAGAAUAAGGUAUUUACUGUUUUUAAUUAAUAAUAAUAAUAAUCAUCGUCAUCAUUAUGACAGGCACAAGGACAAUGUCGCUAACUUAUCUUAGAAAAGUUUUGUUUCAUUUCUUUUAGCUUCUGGUUCUUACCGGUAUCAAUACGACUCAAAAGCCUUCUUAUUUUCGCUGGUAAACAAGCCAGGAUGGGCGCCUGUCAAAUUGUCUCAGUCAGGGCAAUAUAGUUAUCGCAAAGAAUCCAUAUACUUUCACUCAUCCUAUGGGCCUACAUUCGGAGGAGGAUAUGACAUUAACAUCAACAACUACGCGUCAUCUAAUAGCAAUUCUUACAGCAACCUUGGCCAUCAUUACAGCCCACCGAGCGGACACAGCUACGGCAGCAGCUUCGCACUAACAUUCCUGGCAGGAACUUACAAGUUCACACCAGACGAAGUUGAAACCUUUUACGAAACAACCUAAUUAUUAUAGCGCGUGACACCGGCUUUGAUAUUUGAGCUGAGCUAAUUGUACAAGUAGACGCUUAAAGGGGAACGAAUGUACAGCACUAAGCAAGCCCUUUAUAUCUAAAUCACAACACAAUCAUAAGAACGUAUACUACGACAUUUCACAAACAAACGAAAAAUAGAAUUGGCAAAAAGAGAAAUGAUUUUGAUAUCUAUAACUGGUCCAACUGCUCUGACUAUAAAUGGCUGAUAAAAGCGUGUUAUAAAGUAUCGCCGAAGCUGUUCACAGCACCGCGUAGGCCUUAACCCAACCCUAAUCUUUUUUCACCUGGGUACGAGUCUAGCUGGGGGCAGCUAGACUGUUAUCUGUCAGAAAACAGUAAGAGAGAAUCAUUCUCACUUAAAAACAGUUACUUCGUUAUCAUGAGGGCAACGAAAUCUCAACUUCCAAAAAAGUAUAUAAAGUUGAAAAAAAAGCGGUAAAAUGAGAUUUUACUGAACCAGGCUGUCCUCAUUGGCGUUUUGUAACUGUGGCUUGGCCUUCAUAAGUGCUAUAAUAAUCCAUAAGUAAACUUAAGAGUCUUAAGAGAUAACACUGAUCAAAGUUUGGUUUUACUCGUUCCGCGUGCCUAAUGCGAUACCACUAAAUAAAUAUUAAUCAUCAAAGAUAAAGAUUACUAAUGGCUUAAUGCGGCAACACUAUCUCAUUUAUUUUUUAUUUUUUAUUUUUAUUUGUUAAAGCAAGAAAUGAUUUUAUUAAGGACUCCACAACAUUACAUAAACAUUACAAUUUGAUACUGGCGUUACUACUUUACAUAAAAAGAAGCUACACUACACUUUAUCCUGAAAAAAAAAUCAAUAUGUAUGCUCGACAACAGAAAUAUACAAAUAACAAUAACAGACAGGGAGAAAACCGGGGG